CACCCUCUCUCUCUCAUUUUCCUCAAAUUUUUUCAUCAUAAUAAUCACGCUCUUCAACACUUUCUCCGCAUAACCAAUAAUGGCGCGAGGCUCUUCUUCCCAAUCCACAUCCUCCUCUACAACCCGUCCGGGUACCGCCGCACCCCGUGGCUCCGCCGCCGCUACAGCUGGUAUGCGCCGACGCAGGCUCGGUGCUUCAUCCUCUACCGCUGGCGGUGGUGGUGGUAACCCUGUAGUAGGCUCCGGCAACGCUAGCAACAUGCUCCGUUUCUAUACCGAUGAUUCUCCAGGUCUGAAAAUUAGCCCGACUGUCGUCCUUGUGAUGAGCCUAUGCUUCAUCGGAUUCGUUACUACUCUCCAUGUCCUCGGCAAAUUCUACCGCUACCGAUCUGGCUCUGGCUCUGGAGCCUGAUUAUUCGAGUUUGGAUCUUUGAUUUCGGAACACACGUCGUACAGGAAUAUUUAGUCUGUUUGUUGUUUUCAUUUUCGGUUUCUCAUUUCACCAUCUUUUGCUGGUUCUGUUUCCGUUUUAGAUGGCUAAAUUUGACUUUAGGAAUAUGAUAAAAGAAGCUUCCAAUUAAGGGAAUUUUGAACGUUUACAUGUGACUUUUGUUUUGUCCAAUCAGUAAUGCAUAGUUUUUGUUCAGAAAAGGAUUAUUAAUUCGGAAUGUCGAUCGAUUUUAGCUAUGUUUAUUAAUUUAGCUUUUAUGUGCUUGUGAAUAUGUUAGCCAUUUUUUUCUCAAAGAAAUGCAGGUCCUGAAUCAUGAAGCUUUGGAUUCAUAUGUGAGUAUGAUGAUUUAUGAAUACUGUACUUGAGAACCAGAACAGAGAGGACUUAAGAAGCUGGUCAUAACUAAUUUGGGAUUAAGUCGCAGUUGAUUGAUGUGAUUGUGUACGAAUUGAGUUUGAUUUAGGUGGAUUGAUGAAUUGAAUAAGGCUCAUUACAGCCAUCAUAAUCCGACUUCCCAGAGUAGUCCUCCUACUCCUUCAAAGUUCAUCAUCCUGAUGUGAUUUGAAGAUGGAUCUGCCACAAGAUUGUGAUAGAUAAGUUUGCACCCUUCUCUUGUUUUUUGGGUAGCUUUCUGGUUUCAUGAUAUUGUGUUUUUCUAGUUGAUAUGGUUUUGUUAUUCCUGGAACUUACUUCAAGUAAGUUUUUAGCAGAAGGAUUGUGUAAUCUGGAAAGCUCUAUCCAUAGAAGUAUUCUGUGGGUGUGGGUGCAUUGUUCAGUUUUCUGUGCUAAACUUGCAUGCCUAGUAAAUCACUUCCCUUUUCUUAGUGGAAGGUGAUUGAAUAGCACAUGGUUAGAGUAUAACAUGAUUAUGGUUUCCAUUUGCUUGUUCAAUAAGGCUUUGCAGGGGUGUUCUUGUUUUAGGUAUCACCAAAAUGCAGAGAGCACUAGUAAUUGUUUGGAUUGGCACAGAUUUCUCUUGGUGCAUUUUAUAACGAUAUCAAUGAGCUGUGGCAAUUUACAACUGUUAAAGUCUUGAAAUUUCUCAUAGCUAUUCUCCAUAUGAUAUCCAUAACUUCUCUUCAAUGAAAUCUCUCUCGCCCCACCUCGUCUGACUAAUUCAGGUUCACGUACAAUAGACCCGACCCCUAACUAUUGCACUCUUUCCUGGUCUCCAGUACCCCGAAAAUCCUUUUUCAUUGCUCUCAGCGCAUCAAGUCGAAUAGUGAAGUUUAACAAUCUUAAGCAGCUUUAAGGUAAAGAUGGCAUUCAGGCUCAUAAGCGCUAGUAGUCUGGUCAAUCAAAUCUAUCUCAUUAGGCACCAACUGUGUGCAACCAGCUCUGUUCAAUGAGUAAAACUAGUUGAAAAGGAAUGCAUAGUUUUGUUCAGAAAGGAAUAUUAAUUCAGAAUUUUGAUCCAUUUAUUCAUUUGUUUUUUUUAUGUUUUUCAUGUACUUGUGAAUAUGAUUCAGCCAAUUUUUUCACAAAGAAAUGCAGGUCGUGAAUCGUGUAUCUAUUCAUGAAGAUUUGGAUUCAUAUGUGAGUGAUGAUUUACGAAUACUGUACUAAAGGAUCAGAAUAGAAUGAAAUGCAGAGGACUUAAAAGCAGCCAUAACUAAUUAGGGAUUAAGUUGUUGGUGAUUGAUGUGAUUGUGAUUUAGGUGGAUUGAUGAAUUGAAUAAGGCUCUUUAGAGCCAUCCUACUCAUUAAAAGUUCAUUCUAAUGUGAUUUGAAGAUGGAUUUGCCACAAGAUUGAGAUAGAUAUGUUUGAAUUCUCUUUUGGGAGUUUUCUGGUUUCAUUAUAUUGUGUUCUUCUCUAGGUGUAUAACUCGUGGAACUUAAGUUGUUAGAAGAGGGGUGUGUAAUCGUAAAAACUCUAUCCGUAGAACUAUUGUUGUGAGUGCUUUGUUCAGUUUCCGUUUUGCUAAGCUAGCAUGCCUAAUGGAUUCAUAUCUGUUUGCCUGA